AUGAUCUCUGCUCUCUCUUUCGUCCUGGCUCUCGGCGCCGCAGCCAGUGUCCAGGCUCAGGCUUUUGCCCAGGCCCCGGCCGUGACUCCCCCGCCUUGCGGCCCCUGCUCGGCUGCCAUCAACGCAGUGCCUGCAUGCGCGAGCAGCUGCAUCCUCUCGGCUGCCGUGACCCAGGGACACUGCACCAACGGUGACUACGGCUGCCAGUGCUCCCAAUCGGCUGUCAUCCGUGACGCUGCCCUCAAUUGUGUUCUGGGCGGCUGCGGCCUCAAUGGCGGACUCGGAGUCUUGGGCUCUGUCUCCAAGGUGUGCACCUGCGUCUCAGCCACCGGCUGCAGUCCGGCGGCGGCAACCGCGGCUAUCUAA